GACCACGUAGCUCUUCUCCAAAUAGAUAAAUAAUACCAAUUAGAUUAGAAGAAGUUAACCUUAACCUCUUAAAUAUUUUCGGAAGAAUAUUACAAAUAUUUUGUAAUAAACAAAUAAUAUGGAAGAUAGGCAGAAGAACAAUUAAAAGAAAAAUAAUAAAUAUCAACAGUUUGUAGUUCAUUUUAACAUGGAAGUAGAAUUAUUGAAACCUGGAACUGUUCCUAUUUCCCCUGAAACGAUAUUAUGGUUUGAAUUUCUGUUAGAUCCGAAUUUGUUAUUGAAGCACCUAGAAAAGUUAUCAGCAGAUCCUCCUCCUUCAGAGCUCAUAACAAAAUUUUACGAUGUCAUCUCAGAGACUUUAAGAAACAAUCCCGACACUGAGAAUGGAGAAAUUAUCAAUGUAGAAACCAAUAAUGGCAAAACUAAGCCUCCUGCCAAGACAACUGCUUUAAAAAUUUUGUCUCUUAAGGUUGGAGCCUUUUUGAAAUGGAAUUUAGUCCAAAUAAGAAACCUGCCUUUUAAGACACAAAUAAGUCUCUUACAAGAUCUGAUGUAUUUCACCAAUGAUAAAAAGACAGUAGAAAUACCAAAUGUUGAAGAAGAAGAUGUUAAAACCGCCUCGCCGCCAUAUUUGUUCGCUCUGUUGUUAUUUCACAGAUGGUUGCUGAGUACUUCUAUGCACAGAAUAACAUCUAAUUGGCAAAUCAGAUAUGGUAUAAACGACAUUUCAAAAGCAGACGAAUCUAUUAUAUGCUGUCCUGAAAACAUCAACAAAACAGUCAAUUUCCUAACCGAAGCCCUAGAAUGGCAAAUCAUCCCUGCUCUUCUAACAUUUGACUGUUUCAAGCUACCCACAGAAUCUAACGACUGUAUAGAAUUUGAAUGGACCAAAAGCGAAGAGCUAAAGAAGAACGAAUUUUCUGCCCAGAUCAACUACGAUUUGGGCACAUUCUUUUUCCACCGGGAGCAGUACGAUUUGGCGAAAAAACAUUUCUCCAAGUGCCUCGAACUAUUUGCUGACAUUCCUGAGAUCAACGGUUUCUACGAUGUUGACAAGCAAAUGCUGGAUGUGUAUAUUAAAGCGUGUCACGGAUCCGCUGAUAUUCAGAGAGGGAAUCUGCUUGAACAGCUUAACAAUUCUGUAGUAAAUCAAUAUAAAGGAAUUACGACUAUUCUACAACAGGAUAAUGUGGCCAAAGAGAUUCCUCUAAUGCAUAGAAUCAAUCUGGAGUUGGACAUUCAAGGCGCUCUAUCAAGCGGCGCAUUUACAGUCGCUAGAGAUUUGGUUUCAAAAAUUAAGGCACUUAAUAUUCUGAGGUGCGUUUUGGAUAGAAAACCCAUAUAUCAGCAUUCGUUAUGCUUGUAUAAAAACUGUGAUACAUUGAUAUGGGCAAUUCAUUCUUCUUGGAGUUCGUUCUCCUAUGUUGAUAAACAAACCAUCAAAACGUUUUUGAUAGAAGAAAUCAUAAGAGGUGAUAUUCCAGAUUUGUUGUCUAAAGUGCAGUCCAACAAAGACAUUUCUUCGGCCUUUGACAAGCUUGAUUUUUCAUAUAUUGAAAGCUUCCACUCAACUAUUGAUAUACCGGAAUGUGUGAUCAAAAUGGAACCAUUAGAGACCAAUAAAAGAAGCACUACAGUUUGGUCUAUAAAUCCACAAUGGGAAUUACCGAUUCCUUUACAAAGUGUUGUAAAGUCUUUACCUAGAGGUUUCGUGCAGGAUUUUGCUUAUGUCCUAUUAGCAAAAUCCAAGGAGCAACUAUUAAACAAAAACUUCAACUUGUCGUUAGAGUUUCUGGUCAUACUGGAAAAGGAAUUGCAAGUAACCAACUGCAACUUGACGAAACUUUUUAAGCUUGUCAGUUGGGAAAUUUUGCUCGUGCAGAUUGUACAGAUACUGGAUCAGUGGCCCAUCAUCGUCAUAGAUAAAAAUGCAGUAGCCGACGCCUGCGAAGCCUGUUUACAAACUAGCGAUUCUGUCUUACCGCGAAGCGAAAUCGUCGAGCAGUGUGUUAUAUGCUUGAUCAAUCUCGGACGGUGGGAAUUUCUGACAAAUCUGGACAAAAGGUGGGCCACGUUCGAAAUCCCUUCAGCGAUAGCUCUUUCAUGCCAAGAACUCACUAAACACAAAGGGACCAAAAAGUUAUCCAAAAAUCUAUGGGAUUUAGUAUUGCCACUUUUUGCGUCAACUUCACAAUCGAAAAGAAACGCCGCAAGUUUCAACGAUUCGUCAAACCUUAAGACCAACCUGGUGUCUAUAUUUUUCAAAUUAAAGGAAUCUUGGUGUCUCACCACUGUCAUAUCUAUGUUAACGAAAAUGUUUAACAUACUUAAAGACGAAAACGGCCUAGAGCUACAGGCCGAGUAUUGCAAUUUGUGGCCAGCUACCGUCAGCAAUGCAAAUUCGUACAAUAUCGUAGCUGUUAACGAAUUACUACUGGAGGUAAUCACCCACGGUUUGAACCAAUAUCCGAAUAAUGUUGCGUGGCUAAGAUUGAUGGGUGAUAUAAAUUUUGCAAAUGGCCAUUACCAAAUAUCGUUAAGUUACUAUCUGAAAUCCCUCCUCGUCUUUCACGAUUAUUUCAACACUCCUAUCGGCUAUGACGACCACGUGUUCCGAAGAAUGAUAAAAUGUUGCACGACCCUCGGUGCACACACUCAAGCUGCCGUUUUAUGUCAAUUUUUAGAAGAAACUGACUACAUGUUGGCGUUCCGGAUAUUGUCCGAGCAGAAAACUUGCAAUGACGCGGUCGAUGCAUAUUAUCAUUGUUUCUGGGAUACCAGUAUUUUGGAAUAUCUCAUAUACACUCAUAAUAAAAAGGGUGAGUUUCAGAGAAGGAAGAUUGCGAUACAAGUCAUUGGAAUGUUGGAGCUGAAUUCUAGUAACAAUGGAGAAAUACAAAGAGAAGCAAGUAAUUUAAGGAAAAGUACGUUUUUGAGGGCAUUGUGUAAACAGUAUGUAUUUUAGAGUGUAUUUUUAUAUUCAAAAUAAAUUUAUGUAGUUUUUUA